UUGUAUCCGUCAGAUCGCGGUGCGGUAGGCGGCCCGCGGCGGGCGGCGGCUCUGCGGUGUAUAACGUCGAACAAAACCAACGAACGAAGUGUUCAUGCUCAUUUAGUUGAUCGAAGAGAGUUGUUAGAAUCGGAACGGCAUUUACUUUUCGUUAAGUCUUCUAAUUAAUAUUCUGACACGCGUUUAAUGUCAAAUUCAUAUAAGAAGACUAAAAAUAGAACGUAAACACAUUUUAGUGAGAAGCAAUCGGUUUGUUGGCAGUGGUGUUAUUAUGCCAGAGAUCUCUCAAGAUAAUUUUGAAGUGUUAAAUCCAAUUUCACAACCUGUAUCACCAAUGGAAUUGCGUGCGCGAUCGAAUUCAACAGAGCGAAAAAAUUCGCUCAGAUUAAAUGCACCUUUGGAGCCGACAAUUUAUGAGAACAAUCCCUUUGUGAUGAAUGAUGAUAAGAACAAUAUAAGAGUUAGCAGAUCAAGGACCUGUACAAUUGGAGAACAAGACAUGGAUUCUUCUUUUAUCAAUGGAUUGCAGCCUGAUCCAUUUCAGGGUCAUAAAAGAGAAUUGGGGCACAGAAUUUUCGUUAACAGAUCGCUGCAUUUGGAAAACAUCAAGUUCUAUGGCUUCGAUAUGGAUUAUACCUUGGCUGAAUAUAAAUCACCUCAAUAUGAAACACUUGGAUUUGAUUUGGUUAAGGAACACAUGGUCAGCAUGGGAUAUCCGAAGGAAAUUCUACAAUUUGAAUAUGACCCAUCAUUUCCGGUACGUGGUUUAUGGUUUGACACACUCUAUGGUAAUCUUUUGAAAAUGGAUGCCUAUGGAAAUAUUCUUGUGUGUGUUCAUGGAUUUGUAUUUUUAAAACAUUCCCAAGUUUAUGAAUUGUAUCCAAAUAAAUUUUUAAAAUUGGACGAAUCACGUGUUUAUGUUUUGAAUACGCUAUUCAAUUUACCAGAAACGUACCUUCUAGCAUGUUUGAUCGAUUUCUUUACCAACAGCAAGGAGUAUAUCAGAGAUAAGACCGGUGUUAAAGCUGGAGAGUUAUUUAUGUCAUUCAAAUCGAUCUUCCAAGAUGUUCGACGGGCUGUGGACUAUGUACAUCUCCAAGGGGAUUUGAAGAAGAAGACCACUGAAAACUUAGACAUGUACGUUAAGAAGGACUCGAGGCUUCCAAUGGUUUUGUCUCGCAUCCGUGAUUCAGGUGCCAAAGUGUUUUUGCUGACAAACAGUGACUACAGAUUUACCGAUAAGAUAAUGUCUUACUUGUUCGAUUUUCCACAUGGAGCCAAGGAAAACGAGCCCCAUCGCAAUUGGAAAACUUAUUUUGAUGUGAUUGUAGUUGACGCCCGGAAGCCAUUGUUCUUCGAUGAGGGAACAAUUUUACGCCAAGUAGAUACAACAACUGGUGCUUUGAAAAUUGGCACACAUAUUGGACCACUCCAACAGGGACAGGUCUAUUCAGGUGGCUCAUGUGAUGUUUUUACUUCUUUAAUGAACGCCAAGGGCAAGGAUGUCCUCUACAUUGGUGACCACAUAUUCGGUGACAUUUUGAAGAGUAAGAAAAUCCGAGGCUGGAGGACAUUUUUAAUUGUCCCUGAGUUGGUUCAGGAACUUCAUGUGUGGACUGAUAAAUGUCAAUUUUUUGCUGAACUUCAGCAAUUGGAUAUAAUGUUGGGUGAUAUGUACAAAAAUCUUGACUCAAGUACUAAGGAGAAACCUGAUAUAUCCAAUCUUCGAACAAGCAUUCGUGAUGUGACGCACAAAAUGGAUUUGGCCUACGGUAUGAUGGGCUCUCUAUUUCGUUCGGGCUCAAGACAAACAUUCUUUUCAAGUCAAGUUGUCAGAUACGCUGAUCUUUAUGCGGCAACUUUCCUUAAUUUAAUUUACUAUCCAUUCUCGUACAUGUUCCGAGCGCCGGCCAUGUUAUUGCCUCACGAAUCGACUGUAACACAUGAACAACGAUUUAAUAUGGGAGCACCUAUGAUACAAAGAUCUAGAGCUAAGGGUCCCGAAGAUGAUGGAGAGUCAAAGCCUACGUCAUCGGGUGUAACAAAUGAUUUAAUAAUCCUUCAGGAUAAAUCUCUUUUGGGAGUUGAGUCAUAUUCGCCUGCAUUGCCGUUACCUCAUGCUCGUCCAGAAACUCCCCGGACUGUUACCCAUACCCACGACGAAGAUUGUUCAGAUGAAGAAAGUGACCACAACACUAAAUCGGACCAACGCCAGACAGAUUCUCCUUGAGUCCCAAUUGAACUUCUCUUAAAUUUAUAAGACAUGAAGUUGUUAUAGAUUUCUACUAAAAUUUAUUCGAGUUGUGUCACAAAUUUUCAGACUUUAAAAUAAAAUUGGCCUAACAUCAUUAAAGCCUUUCCUCGUUAACGGUUACAAAACAAUUAAAUUAGCAAUAUAAAAUUAAAAACAAAAAAAAAACUUGAAAUAUUUUAAAACAGAAAAUGAAUUAAAAAUCUGCAUGAAUUGUUAAUAAAUUUGUAAGUUAUUAGUUCUUUAUGGUAUAGCAUUUUUAUAUUAAUAAUAUACAUACAUACAUUAUACAGUAACUAUUGCAAAGAAAUAUUUUUAACGCCUAAAUAAUAAUCAAGAUGCAAAAUUAUUAGAAUUACUUAAAUUACCUUUAAGUACUUGUACCUUUUUUCGUUUUAUAAAAUUAAAAUCAUAAAAAUCUCAAAUGUUGUGAACUGUAUCUUAAUAUGCAUAGUUGAAAGUAAUAAAACAUUAUUUUCUUUUAUUACAAAAAGAAAAUCCGAAUUUAUAAAAACAAAAUAAAAACAGUUUUAUUCCUGAUUUUAAAUUUAAUUUUUUAUUACUACCGUUCAAAAAAAAUAUUAUGAUUUUAAAUAAAAAUAGCAAUAUUAUAAAAGCUAGUUUUAACCAGGCACUAUAAGAUUUAACUGCUCUUUGCUGUGAACUUUAGCAAUUUAACAAACCAAAAUAACAAGUAUAUAAAGUCAAUGUAGCUAUAAAUUUAUGAAUAAAAACAGUAAAAUGAAA